AUGGCCACCGUCUGCGAAGAUAAUACGGUGACCUACGACAAUCAAGAGACUUUUGCUUGCGGCACGUCCGCGGCCGACUUGGCGGCCGUGAAGGUUGUCUUGCUGGACAUUGAGGGGACUGUUUGUCCGAUUUCUUUCGUCAAGGAUGUCCUGUUUCCUUACGCACUUCAAGCCCUGCCUGCGACUCUAGACAAGAAGUGGGAUAGUCCAGACUUUGCUCCGUACCGCAACGCGUUCCCUGAGCCAGCAGCGUCCUCAAGGCCAGUUUUCGAGGCCCACGUUGCGGACCUUGUCAAGCGUGAUGUCAAGGUCUCAUACCUCAAGGCCUUGCAAGGCUACCUCUGGCUAGCAGGCUACGAAUCAGGGGAGAUUAAAGCCCCUCUCUUUCCAGACGUCUCUCCGAGCAUGCGGGCUUGGCACGAUGCUGGCAUCAAGCUCAUAAUCUACUCGUCCGGUUCGGUUCCUGCGCAGAAGCUUCUCUUUGGGCAUACCAAUGCCUCACCGCCCAGCUUGAUUCCCAUCAUUUCGGACUGGUUCGACACGGUCAACGCCGGGAUGAAGAUGGAAUCUAGCAGCUAUACGAGCAUUCUCUCCAGAUAUCCCGACACUCAACCCCAGGAAUGGCUUUUCUUGAGCGACAACGUGGAUGAGGUUUCCGCCGCACGAGCAGCUGGAAUGCACAGUCUUGUCGUGGUGCGCCCGGGCAACGCCCCGCUACCGGAAUGCCAUGUGGGCGAGGGCCAGGCCGUUCAAAUCUUUGAGGGCCUGGCCGUCGGUGGGAAGCGAAACGAAUCUUCGAAGAGCUCUUGA